AUGGAUGAGCCUUAUAAGUUUUAUUUGUAUCUAGGAGCUAAAGGCGAAGACCAGUAUAAAACUGAUGAAUAUUCAAAUCCCGCUCCCGGCGGUUGGAAUUUUGGAGGUUUUGGUGGGGUUGAUCAAAGUGAUUAUUCCCCAACAGAACCAACCCCUCCAGAAAGCGGUGCCGGAGGGGGAGGUGCUGUAGAUCUUCGAAUAGAUUAUAUUGACAUCAAUUCUCCUGAUCUUGAUGAUGAUUUGUUGACAAAAUCAUUGAUGAGUCGCAUUAUUGUUGCAGGUUCUGGAGGUGGCGCUGUUUCAGAUAAAAACAUAAAUGGAUACCCAGGAGGGACUCUUAAGGCCUCGAACAAUGGAGAACACAUGUUUGGAGGCACUCAAACCGAUGGAAUAUUAGGAAAAGGAAUGAAUGGUUCUAUCACGAACAACAAUCAAGGAGGCCAAGGAGAUUGCGGCAGCGGAUAUAGAGGCUGCUACCAUACAUUCACAAGCGAUAUGACUCAAGCUUGGUCAUUCGAGUACGGAGGAUCAGGAGGAAGUUCGUAUAUAAGUGGACAUCCUGGUUGUAUAAGUCCACAACAUCCUUCUGAUACAAUUGAAAAUCAAACAACGCCGUUCCAUGAAUCUAAUUUCUACUUCACGAACACUAUCAUGAAAGGUGGCAACGAAAACAUGCCAGAUCCAUACAGCACAAACAAUAUCGUUGGCCACAUUGGUCAUGGUGUUUGUCGCAUUACCUUCUUAUUCAAUCCUAUUUGCCAAACUCACGUUACUUGUUAUCAACGAACUGUUUCAAUCUUUUUAACUUCUGUAUUUAUAUUUAUAGGGUCAGAAUAA